AUGGAACCGGGAGCCAGUUCGGACGAGCAGGGCAGUCCCGGAAGAACUACUCUCUUUACCAACGAGUACCUUGUGCUUAGGGCCGAAUUAAAUGAAAGACAUCGCUGGCUGAGGCGCCUCGCCCUGGCGUCAGUAUUAGCCACUUUUGCCCUGAUCGUACUUGGCGGCGUUGUCCGUGUUACCGGUUCGGGGCUGGGCUGCGGCGGCGAGUGGCCUCUCUGCGACGGCAGCCUGAUUCCACCGCUGACUAAGGAAGAUAUUAUCGAGUAUAGCCACCGUCUGGUGGCCUCCGCCAUUGUAGGCCCCCUGAUUGUGGCUACUUUCCUGGUUGCGGUUUUCCGUUACCGGCGCAUUCCCUCAGUGAUAAUGCCUUCCUCGGUGGCUGUUGUAUUCCUGCUGGCCCAGGGAGGUCUGGGUGGAGUCACGGUGCUCACCGAAUUGCCCGGACAUGUGGUGGCCGCGCACCUGGCAUUGGCCCAGGCGCUGCUGGGCUGUUUAAUUUGGUUGACGGUCUCUGCCUAUCGAGUAAAGGAUUCCGACAGAUCCCCGCCUGUAGAGUCGGAAGUGCUGCAAGCCACUCAAAUGUCAUCAAUGGAAUCCGAUGCGGGAUCUGACAAGGGGAAAGCCGAGAGACCGGACACAUUUCCGCGGCUGGCGGUCUUUACAGCAAUUGCCACUUAUUUUCUGCUUUUGUCGGGGGCAUACGUUACCGCUACAACUGGCGCCUUGGCCGCCUGUUCCCACUGGCCCUUGUGCGAUGGUUCAGGUUCUCUCUGGCCUUCAACAAACCUGGAAUUGGUUCACAUGCUCCAUCGUGUAGUUGCCGCACUUAUCGGUGUCCUGAUUUUGUACACCAUGUUCCGCGCGUUUCGGUACGGGAUGGCGCGGCUGUCCUCCGGAGGCCUAUGGAUAUUGUUCAUCGCUUCCUUCGGAGGAGCGUUGCUUUUGACCCAGGUGAUUAUCGGAGCGGCGGCCAUCUGGUCAAAUUUCCCGGUUUUGCUUCGGGCGUAUCAUAUUGGUCUGGCCACUGCUGUUUGGGGGUUAAUGGCCGCCGUGGCAUUGUUGAGCAGAAGCGAACCCGCCGAGCAGGACAUUGUUUUGCGACGUGGCUUAACUGUUGAUGAAGUCCAGAAUUCUACAACCAGCCUGGAUACCUAG